AGCGUUGGGGAUAAGCACUCGAUUUUAAUGCGACACAAAACAGCCGUCAAUAUUUGGAUAGAUAAUGUACCAGAUGGGUGCCCUCACAGAAUGCUGUGUGUUUCAGGCGCGGCGACAAGGAGUCUAGGUAUCACGAUAUAAUAAGUGAAGUUGGCCGGCUGGCUGGUUGAGUACUUGAUGCGAUCGUUUCCUUCCCCUCUACGAUCCUUAUGAUGAAAAGGGUAUGAAAAGCAGUAGACGUUUAUCUUGGAAAAUUCAACGCUGUUAACUCUGGUCAAAUAUUGGGAUUUGAGCGACUAUUGAACCAGGUUUGAAAGGCCAUCGCUUGUAGCAUCAUGAAGAAGCAACAGGUUCUGGAUUGUAGCUUCUCUUCCUGGUACCCAAUCUUCAAACACAUCACCAUCGACAGCCACGUCAUCCCGCUUUCCAAGGACUUCCUAGAAUAUUUAGACGCAGAUGGAAUAUACCUCCCUGCAAGUCCCAACGAUGAGCCCAGCAAUAUUAUCGAGGAAGAGGAGGAGGACGGCAACCCAAGCAAGAUUCCUUCGUUCCCAGGGCUGGAAGAGUCCAUCAGGGCAGCCAUUCAGGACCUCGGUGGCAGGGUUUUCCCCAAGCUCAACUGGAGUGCACCCAGGGAUGCAUCCUGGAUUGCUUGUGGAAACACGUUACAGUGUACCUGUGUCAACGAUAUCUUCCUUUUACUCAAGAGCUCGGAUUUCAUCACACACGACCUCACAGAACCGUUCAAACACUGCACUGACUGUGAACAGGGCCCGCAAGACACACAGUAUGAGCUUGUCUUGCGGAGGUGGUGUGACAUAUCUGAAGCAACUGAGUUCCGUGUCUUUGUCAAGAAUGACGACAUCAUCGGUAUAUCACAGCGAGAUCAUACCAAUUAUUUCCCCGACCUGGGACCCUCGGCAGAGCAGAUCCACGAAGAGAUUGAGGAUUUUCACGACCGCCACAUAGCUGGGAACUUUCUGGACCAUGACUAUGUAUAUGACGUCUACCGCCAGGAUAAGAGGAAGUUCCUCCUGAUUGACUUCAAUCCCUUUGGCGAGACCACGGAUUCCCUGCUGUUCAGCUGGGCAGAGUUGAAUGACCUCGAUGUCGCCAGCACCGACAGCCAGUCCUGGGAGACUUUCCGCUACGUGCGCAGUGCCGCUGGCAUCCAGCCUAGCCAGUUCCUCAGUUACCGCUACCCUGUGGACGUCCUCCACCUAACCACGGGCGUGGAUGCCGACAGACUAGUUGACUUUCUCAGAACGGAAAUGCAGAAGCCAUACCAACAAGAGCCGACCACCUCAACUCAGGAUGACAGCAACAGCGUGCAAUUUGAGGAUCUGCCAGAGAAAUGAGGCUGUCACUUACCGAUAAAGAUGCAAGUCAUUUGGCCUUGUUAGAUGUAUGCAGUAAGACAAGGACAUAAAGUGUGUGUGUAGGCCCGGCAUUGCCUCUGACGUUCAUGUAUAAGGUCAGUGAACGUCAGCCAUAUGCCGAGUCUGACAUGGAUCCUGGAUUGUUUGUUCUGGCUGAACGCCUACUUGAUAACAAGACAAAGCAGACUGUGAGGGGCUCCGAGGGAGGACGAGUUGCCAGCCAAUGCAAUCACAGGCUGCAUCCGAAUUCUUGUGCCUGGAGCUAGGUCUAGGUCUUCCCGGUACAUGCUGACAACAGAGGUAGCCGUAGUGCCAGAGGUCCAUCUCUGACACUGCUUGAAAAGCUGUUCCUUGCCGUCACACACCAGGACCAGAGCUGUUUGUUGAGCAAGUUGCGACAUGAGUGUCUCAUUUGUUGGAACCAAAAUGGUGGAUUAUGCAUCAGAGCACAUGGGUGAUUAGCACACCUAGCUGCAUGCUGUACUGCACACAUAUACCAACAGCCAUUUUGUUGCCAAAGUCUGAAGUUGUCACUACAGCUCUGACUAGGUCAUGUCUAUCUCAUCCGUGGAUCUGUGUAUUCCUUGAGCCAUGUCCAAGUCAACUGGCUGUGACUAGGUGUAACUUAAAUCUGUGGGAUUUACAUGCAGGCACUAGCCAACAACUUCCGGUGGGCACAAGUGUUAUUUUCAGCUGUAACUAUAAGCAUUACAUAGCCUUGUCUGGGGAAAUCAUUUAAAAUUUGCACUGUGAGCGGUCACUGUGAGAGGUCACUCAGCAUGAGCAGUGAGCUUCACGGAUAUCU